AUGCCACCUACUUUACGACCACGUCACAGGACCAACUCAGCCAGAACUCCACCUCCCAUCAGCGAUGUUCAAAACCUUCAGUCGGAGACACACUCCAGAAAACGCCAGUUCGAAUCUGCCACAGAUUUUUUACCGAUUGGCCCCGCAGAACUACGGCGUAAAUUAACAAUUCUUGGUAUCCCGUAUCGUCCUCACGCCCGACCAACUACACUGAUCAAGCUUUACAAGGGGUAUCUAGCAAAGCAAACCGCCACCAGACGCCGUCUUGAAAAUUCAGUCAGCACUGAACCGAUCGCGAAUCCAUACCCCCCUAGUUUGAAAGUGACUGUAGCAUCUACCUCCGAUAUCCCUAACAAAACAAACCGCAAUAUCCUGGAAGCUGGACCGCCGCAUGGCAAGUCGACCCCAAAAACUCAAAACCACCGCAAAUACCGGAACCCUGAAGAAAGCCCAGAAGAUUCCCCUCCAACUGCGCAGCUAUGCCAUACGGAGGCAGAAUCAGAGCCCCCUGACCAAGUGCCGAAUACCUCAAAAGCUUCGAAGAAACGAUUCCCGGCCAACCCCUCUCAGCUUACCCCACCAGCUUGUCUCAAGUCCGCGUACCCUAGCAAAAAAGCACGACUCGAUGAAAGCUGUGACACUAAUCUGCCCAGCCAACGUUGCCACGCUGGACGUAGUUCUACUCGACGUACUCGGCCCCCUCGACGUCAAAAAACACGCAACACUACAGACAAAGAGCCUCUAGGCGGUAAACCAGCAAAUUGGCGAAGUGGUUCCUUCACUUUUACCACCCAGUCCUCUCACGAAAAUUCUCCUAAAUGCGUGACUCAAACUCCCACCAAAUCUCCUGAUCGCUCUUCCAAAAAAUCUCCGAAUGUCUCAACUUCCGGUUAUGUUGAGUCAAGCUCACCAGACGAAUCAGAGUACAUCCGAUCAUAUUUAAAUCCCCCUCGUCCGGCAAAUCACACUUCCAAGAGUCCAACUCCUGAGCCCACUCGACAUCGGCCCAACAGACGCCAAAAAACUCACACUGAUCCCACGAACGAACUCGCAGUAGACAGCCUGGUUGAUCCAUCGAGCAAUUCCGUUCCUUGCAUCUACAACUCCCCCACUCUUCCCAAACAUACUCGUAUAUGCGCCGCUCCACCCGACAGGCAUCCAAAAAAAUUCCCCAACGCCUCCACUUCCAUUCGUGAUGGGGCAAGCUCUCCAGUCGAAUCAGACCGCGUUCAUUCAACGUCAAAUAGCCCUAGUUGUCCAGCCAAUCACUCUCCCAACAGUUCAUCUCCUAGAUCUAGCCAGCCAUUCCUUCCUGCAACUCCUAUUUGCAAUGGAUCUAGAUCUCCAGUCGAAUCAGGAUCAGCCCAAUCUCCGGUCGAAUCGCAAUCAGCCCAGUCAACCCCAAAGCUCUCAUCUGCAGUUGACGAUUGUCCAGUAGAUAACAAAUCAACUCCGGUUGCCUUGAAUUUGACUUGCAGCGGUGAUCCACCCGCAUCUGCCAAACGCAAGGAGGUGUCUGUAGCCAGAUGGCCGCGCCCCUCUCAACUUAUUCCUGCUCAAGUUCGUGGAAUUUUACAGUUGCAUCAUGUCCCUUACGACCCUUUUGACGAUCCAGUGACACUUGCACGGCUGUACCGUAAUCUUUAUGAGGCACAUAUGUCAGAGUUUCCGAACAAAAAGACAAGGCGCCAGUCCAAGCACCCAACCAAACUCAAUAAUGCAACCAACGUACCUGAUCGACAUCGACGGCGCAAAUCCAAGAGGCAAAAUUGCAAAGAUCCGACCAAGGUGAACUUCAUACCUUCUCUCCCGCGGCCGGAGGGUCCAUCUUUUCCUCGAGAAUCUGAACUGGAACGGCCUUCUAAUACUCCAUCAACUAUUCUGAAAGAUUUUUGCUCAAGAGCAGCAACCACCAAGUCUGCGUGUGUGCUCUCCAAUUCGAAUACUCCACCCCAAAGACGUAGGCACAAAUCAAUUAUCGAUUCCACAGAUGAUGACGAGCCGCCGAAAAUAAUUUGUGCUGAAGAGGCUAGAAACAUUGGUGCAACUGGGAAUCUGAUCCCCGAGUUGAAUGCACCAUUUUCUACUGCAGAAAAUCUACCAGACUCAGCUGAUCAGAAUGCCGAAAACCUAUCAUCUAAGCACAAGGCGGAACUCGACCAACUGCCAUCUCCACCACAGAGACGUAGGCACAAAUCAAUUAUCUAUUCCACGGAUGAUGACGAGCCGCCGGAAAUAACUUGUGUUGAAGAGGCUAGAAACAUUGGUGCAACUGGGACUCUGAUCCCCGAGUUAAAUUCGCCAUUUUCUACUGCAGAAAAUCUACCGGACUCAGCUGAUCAGAAUGCUGAAAACCUAUCAUCCAAGCGCAAGGCGGAACUCGACCGACCGCCAUCUCCACCGCAAAGACGUAGGCACAAAUCAAUUAUUGAUUCCACGGAUGAUGACGAGCCGCCGGAAAUAACUUGUGUAGAAGAGGCUCGAACCAUUGGUGCAACUGGGACUCUGAUCCCCAAGUUGAAUUCACCAUUUUCUACUGCAGAAAAUCUACCAGACUCAGCUGAUCAGAAUGCCGAAAACCUAUCUGUAUCCAAGCGCAAGGCGGAACUCGACCGACUGCCAUCUUCCAACUAUCUUACGAUUGGCGGGAUUAAAAGUUACCUGGAUAAGUUCAAUGUCAAACACAAUCCGAAAGCUAGUAAAGGUCGUCUUAUUAAACUAUAUGAUGCAAUGAAGGAAAAACACGACCGCCAUACGUCCAGUAAAAGUCGCAAGAGGCCCCGCAAAGGGAUUCAGUCAAGACCAUCAUGUGUCUCUUCUGACAGUGAAGAUGACCGAAAAUCUCAGCCUUCUAUUACUCAACGUCGGCAACGACAAAUACGUAGCAGGCAAAAAUAUGCAUCAGCGGACGGCUCAUACAAUUUUAUUCUCCAACGAAGUCCCUCUACCCUCCAACUGGUCGAACCUACAGAACUACCUCAGAACUCACUGCCCAAUCUUGACAUCGCCUCAACUCAACCCCCCUGCUCCCCAGUAGAAAUGGAGAAUCGAUCAGCAUCUAUCGCCCCGGACUUUCGCCCUUCAGAAUCGCAAGGCAUCAACCUAUUUGAGUCACAUAUCCUGCCAAAAACCUUCAUUCAACUGCUUGAGCCUCCAGAACCGCCUGUAGAUCUACCACCCAUCACCUCGCCUCGAUCUAUCUGCCAUAACAUAAAUUCACCUCCUCCUAAUCAGCUUGCCAUACCUCAAUUGCCACCCCAGAAUUUGCCUGAAGAUCUACCGCCCAUCGCCUCGCCUCGAUAUCUCUACCGAGAUGUAAAUUAUCCGCCUCCUAUUCCUCAAUUGCCACCCCCCCAUCAUUCAUCAACUACUGCAGCCAAAAAUCAGUCACCAACACCUGCUGCUGAAACUGCGUGCCGGUAUGAAACUAGCUCUACUAGACAAGAUCCAGAAGACGUCAACAAUUGGAGAAACCAAGUUUUGCCUGACGCACCUAACAAUGGCGAAAUUAACCUUGCACAUAACAAAUCAUCUAUCCAGUCCCAGCUACUUCAUGCGUUCAAGGAAUUUGUGUCAGGAUAUACUGACACCAAUCACCAGAUUGUCAAAAAACUUGACGAAAUCAUUGUUACUCUUAAGGACUUGAACUUACAGCCGUCUUCGCCACGCUCUUCCAGUCGUCAUACACCUCAUCCAUUAACCCCGGCUUCUCCGAUCCGAAAUAGCUCCUGUACCACAACACCUCGUCGAGGUGGUACAUUCCUAAAAUUAAUUUGGACUCAUGUGUCAACCCUUCUCGGAACUCGUCGAUCAAGGCUACCUCAUCCAUCCAGACCUGCCAACGAAGAAGACUCACGCGUGGAAUUUUCUGAUGAAGGUGUCGACUCAGACCCCAAUUAUCCGUACCCGGGCGGGCCUGGUCAUCCAUCUGCUUCAAAAGAAACUCUCGAAAUCAUAUGGAAUAUGAUGCAAGACAAAGGAAUUCAAUCAUUCCGGCCCAAUUUCUCUAAACCUUACGAUAGUCAUGAAAACAAGCCGCUCUGGGAUUUUGCAGUCGAAUCCUUUGUUGAAUUGGUAAGGUGUAAUGAGUAUAAUGCCAUGGAGUCAAAAGAACAGAUUGAAAAGGCUAUCUACAUACAUGUCAACAAGAGACUUCGACAACGGUAUUCCAAAGAAAACAACUGGGAGGAAGCUCAGCGAGAUGAAGCUGCGAAGAACCUUCGUCGCAGUUCACGACUAAACAAUCGGCUUGCUUUUCUCGAUAAUUUACCAGGCUUUCGGAGCUUGGCGCCCAUUGUCCAAGCUUGUUGCAGCAAUGAUGAUACUGACGAAGAAGCUAGCCAACCGAUUCAAAAGUCUUACCGUAAGAAACAGCCAAAGCUCUGUGUCGCCCGACCCAUUCCUUGGCGACACUCUCAAAUCAGCAGGUUGAUGAUUACCUUGGACACGUUGAUGGCUCGCGCGGCUGAGUCUACCCCCAAGGGACCCUCUGGUGCUGCUGCUCAAAUACGGCGCCGGGAUACCUUCCUGCACCAUAUUAUCCAGGCUUUGCAAAUGCACCCCAACCCAGUAAAACCCUUGAUAGAAAAGCUCCAAAAACUUCUGUAG